AUGACGAAAACAACAACAACAUCUGACAGCAGCGGCAUGGUGCCUCCUGUACUGCCAUCGGGGUCCAAUAAUAAAUCAAAGCAGUUUUCAGAUUCCAGAUUUCGUUAUAUCGGGGAAGAAAAUUCCAAAUUGAUGAACGAAGAUAAAAUGAAUUUAACGUCAUUGUUCCAGUUGCGGCGGCCGUCAUCUAAUGUCGACAGCAAGCAUGAAUAUGAUUCAAAGAUGAUGACAACAACAACAUCUGACAGCGGCAUGGUGGUGUCCCCGUCUGUACUGCCAUCGGGGUCUAAUAAAUCAAAGCAAUCGCAGGUUGGAGGAGAUUCCAGAUUUCCUUAUACUGUGGAAGAAAAUUCCAAAUUGAUGGACGAAGAUAAAAUGAAUUUGACGUCAUUGUUCCAGUUGCCGUCGUCUAGUGACAGUAUUAAGCAAGUCUCUGAAACAGCAAACACAGAUGACCAAGAUGAUGAAGAGGACAACCUUACGCUCAUCGAGAGAAAGGAAAAACUUGAAGAGGACAACCUUACGCUCGCCGAGAGAAAGGAAAAACUUGAAGCUGCUUCUGCAUUGGGUAGGAUAUCCAAAACUAAAAUAGCAGCAAAAAAGGUGACUUCUUCUUCACUCAAGUGUGCAUCAAAGAAAAUAAUAAAGAGCAGGUCUAAGUCGACGAAUUUACACCUCAAUUCUGGUGCCGGAAAGAAAUGGACUACUUUUGCACACAACGGUAUUGUAUUACCACCUCCAUACAAGCCGCACGGAGUGAAGAUGCUCUACAAUGGAGAACAGGUUGAAUUGACUCCCGAACAGGAGGAGGUUGCGACCAUGUUUGCAGUCAUGAAAGACACGGAGUUUGCUGCGAAACCAAAGUUUAUAGAAAACUUCAUGAAUGAUUGGAGAGUCAUACUUGGGAAAGAACACGUUAUCAAAAAAUUCCAUCUGUGUGAUUUCACUCCAAUCUACGAUUGGCAUCAGAAUGAGAAAGACAAGAAAAAACAGUUGAGCGCACUAGAAAGAAAAGCCUUGAAAGAAGAAAAGCUGAAGGAGGAUGAGAGGUACAUGUGGGCUUUUGUCGAUGGCAAAAAAGAGAAGGUUGGAAAUUUUAGAGUCGAACCACCAGGGCUUUUCCGCGGCCGUGGGGAGCAUCCUAAGAUGGGAAAGCUGAAACGUAGAAUUCGUCCAGACGAGAUUACAAUAAAUAUAGGAAAAGGUGAACCUGUUCCAGAAUGUCCAAUCCCUAAUGAAAGGUGGAAAGAAGUGAAGCAUGACAAUACUGUUACCUGGUUAGCAUUUUGGAAAAAUCCAAUUGAUCCGAAAGCAUUCAAGUACGUCUUUUUAGACGAUACUAGCUCAUGGAAAGGCCAAAGUGACAAGGACAAAUAUGAGAAAGCAAGGCUACUCAAGGACUACAUACUCGAUAUAAGAGCAAAUUAUAGAAAGGACUUUAGGAACAAAGAUCUAAUGAAGCAACAAAUUUCCGUGGCUGCUUACCUUAUUGAUAUGUUGGCCCUCAGGGCCGGGAACGAGAAGGAUGACGAUGAAGCUGACACAGUUGGUUGUUGUACAUUGAAAGUUGAGAAUGUCAGCUUAGUGCCUCAGACAAACAAGUUAGAGAUCAACUUCCUUGGAAAAGAUUCGAUUAAAUAUGAAAACACUGUUGAAGUCGACCCUCUUGUUUAUAAAGCAAUUGGAGAGUUUAAAAAGGGAAAAAAUACCGGCGAGGAGCUUUUUGAUAAGCUAGAUACAUAUAAACUCAAUGCUCAUCUCAAGGAGCUCAUGCCGGGCCUCACAGCAAAAGUUUUCCGCACAUACAAUGCAUCUAUCACUUUGGAUAAGCUGCUGAACAGUGAAAUCAUGAAUCGCAAUGUUGCAGAAAAAGUUGUUGUUUAUAAUCGUGCAAACAAAGAGGUUGCUAAGUUAUGUAAUCACCAACGAUCCGAGCCAAAGUCGCAUGGCGCACAAAUGCUAAAGUUAAGAGACAAUAUUGUUAAGUUGAAGGGUGUAUUAGAUGGACUGGAAACCAAUUUGCACAGGGUGAGAAAAGGGAAAGCUCCACUGCAGCUUGAUGCUGAUGAUGGGAAACCAAAGAAGAAUUUUACCCCCGAAAUAUUGCAGAGGAAGAUUAAGCUGACACUUGACAAGAUUGAGAAGACCGAACGGGAUAUGGAUUUAAAGAAGGAACUAAAAACUACUGCGUUAGGCACAUCUAAGACUAAUUAUCUUGAUCCUAGAAUCUCAGUUGCUUGGUGUAAGCGCCAUGAAGUCCCAAUUGAGAAGAUAUUCAACAAGUCGCUUCUGGCAAAGUUUGCUUGGGCAAUGGAUGUUGAUCCUAGCUUCAGAUUUUGA